AUGUUCUCAAGCCAAAGAGGGUUUAUACGGAGAAAUACCAAGUACAUUAAGGUUGUCAGCACUCUUAACACAGCUUUUCUCAUUUCGGCACUAGGAGAUCGACUAUGGGCGUUUUCUGUUGGAUUCAUCAUGCACAGAUUAGGUGGUUUGAGUUGGGUAGCCAUACAUCAGCUAAUUGAUGCUGGAUUCAAGCUUGCAUUGGCUACUAAAGUAGGAAGUACUCUGGAUCGAAUGAGCAGAUUACGAGGAAUACAAAUACUCUUAAUAGUCAACAAUGUUUUCAUAGCUCUAUCAGCUUUGAUGUUUUACUUCCAACUUCUAGGUUAUGGCGAUUCAAAUAUUUAUUUAUCUAAGAUACUACUAGUGACCGCAAUAGUGUUUGGCUCAAUCUCUCGAGUUGCAUCAGAAGCUCAAAAAACAGCAUUUGUCAAAGAUUGGCUGGUAGUUCUCAUAGAAAACUCUGAUGGAGCUCGUCUAUCAACUCAGAAUAGUAUAAUGAACAUGAUCGACCAUCUUGCAUGUUUCAUAACGCCCAUAAUCGCUGGAAACCUUCUCGAUAAGUACAAAGAGCCUUCAUGCUGUCUCAUCAUAAUAGCCUGGAAUAUAUUGUCUUGGGUCGUUGAGACAUCUGUGAUGAUGUGGAUAUACUCGGUAACACCAGAACUGAAAAGAACCAAAGAGAAAGAGACAGAGGAACAACCAACUUCUGCUUUCACGAAGUAUUUCCGUCAGAAAGCAAUUCUUCCUAUGUUUGGAUUGUCUAUGCUUUACAUGACAGUUCUAGGCUUUGAUAAUUUAGCUCUGUCUUAUGGAACUUCUCAAGGAAUGAAAGCAGGAACUAUUGGAUAUUUUCGAGCUGCUGGGUCCCUUCUUGGAUUUUGUGGAAGCGCGUCAUAUGCAAUCUUGGAAAGAAUUAUAGGAGUCUUAAUGACUGGAUUUUUAGGGUUAACCUUGCAAAACAUAUUCAUCAAUUUCUGUAGUGUGUCCGUCUUCCUGCCUGGAAACACCUUCAAUAUCACGGGCUAUCUGAACACUCUUGAUGCUCAGACUUGGUUCGAUACAGCCAAACUACAUGUAUUUGGAGAAAAUGGAACUCAACCUACAGAUGUGCCUAUGGCAAAUAUGGAAUAUACUUCUUCUAUUUUCGUAUUCUUCUUGGGUAUUACUUUGGCUAGAUUCGGUUUAUGGAUUGCGGAUCCUGCCAUUGUACAGAUCAUGCAAGAAACUAUACCUGAAGACGAAAGAUAUUCUGUGAAUGCUGUUCAGAACGUUUUCUGUGAAUUUUUCUCCAUACUGAAAGAUGUUCUGGUUAUUGCGUUCCCCGUGACAGCAGCUUUUGGAUGCUUGAUCAUACUUUCAUGUGUUUUUGUGUUCAUAGGGUACAGUUUCUACUCCACAUACUACUUCAAGGCAAGCUGCUCAUCCAAGAAAGAAGACAGUAUAACCGAUUAUGAUAUGAACACUUUAAAACUACCGGAACAAGAACAUUUGAUAAACAAACGUUCAGUAGAACAAGUUCUCAAAGACUGCUAG